AUGCACAGUCAUUCAUUCAAUCUCUUGUCGGCGUUGCUGCUGGCCUCCACAGCAGCCGCCUCGGGCAGCUACGGUCCGGCCGGCAAGGCCGAGGUCCCGGUCGUGACGGUCGUUGUCAAGAGCACCAUCACUACUUGCACGCUACCAAAGACGCCUCCACCGCCAUGCUCCAGCAGAAGCAGCACGCGGGGCGGCUCUUAUGGUGUUACCACCCCUUCUGGAGGCGGCAACAUCAGCCGACCUGGCAGGUACAACUCGACGGCCUCAGCGACGUCAAGGUCGAUUAGAACCUCGAGCAUCUUGACCUAUUCCGUUCCUGGCAACAUCUCCACCAUCAGGACGGGCCCUGGUUAUGGCGGCGGGACCACCAGCCGUACCAGCAGCGCGACGGGAUCAUCCACCUCCGCGUCGGCAACUUCGACCUCAUCCAGCACUCCACUGCCGGGUUGCGGCAGCGAUUCGUACUGGCUGGCCAACAUCAAACACCAAGGCUUUGCCCCUUAUGCGCCCAGCCCGUCCAGCUACACCGUCUUCCGCAGCGUCAAGGACUUCGGCGCCAAGGGUGAUGGCAAGACAGACGACACAGCAGCCAUCAACCGUGCCAUCAGCGAGGGAGGCCGCUGCGGUCCGGGAUCGUGCAACUCCACCACCACCACUCCUGGGCUCAUCUACUUCCCUCCUGGCACCUACCGCAUCACGGCUCCGAUCGUCAACUACUACUUCACGCAGAUCUUUGGCAGCCCGCUCUGCAUGCCCGUCAUCAAGCCUAGUGCCGACUUUGUGGGCGCCUGGGUUCUCGACGCGAACCAGUACCAAGCCAGCGGCAAGCUGGGUUGGGGCUCCACCAACGUCUUCUGGAGGCAGGUUCGCAACUUGGUCAUCGACAUGACGGAUCUGUCUGUCGCCGCUGACGUGGCCGGAAUCCACUGGCCGUCCUCGCAGGCUACCAGCCUGCAGAACAUCCACGUCAAGAUGGCCAAGGGCACCCAGACCAAGCACUACGGCAUGUUGAUCGAGGAAGGAUCCGGAGGCUACCUUGGCGACAUGGUGUUUGAGGGUGGCCUGGAUGGCAUGCGAGUCGGAAACCAGCAGUUCACCAUGCGCAACCUGACUUUUGUCGGCGCCCAGACUGCCAUCAAGCAGAUUUGGAGCUGGGGGUGGACGUACUCGGGCAUCACCAUCAAGGACUGCAAGGUAGGACUGGACAUUGCCAACGUCGACGCGGGCAGCGGCCGCAGCUCAGUGGCAUCAAUCAUCUUUAUGGACUCGGAAAUCACCAACACCGCCAUCGGAAUCGUGACCAACCGCAAGCCUCCGGGACAGGAGAACAACCCAGCACAGGCAAACACGCUCAUCCUCGAGAACAUCCGCAUUUCCAACGUGCCGACUGCCAUCAGCGGCCCCAACAACACCGUCCUUCUCGCCGGCUCGCCAUCAUCCACCACCAUCGCCGGAUGGGGUCAGGGUAACCGCUACACCGCCUCGGGCGGCCCGACUGCCUUCCAGGGCGCAAUCGUUCCCUUUGCCCGUCCUGCAGCCCUGACCUCGGGGACCAACUUUUACGAACGCUCGCGGCCUUCAUACGCCGAGGUGCCCGCCUCGCAGUUCCUGUCGGUCAAGUCAGAGGGCGCCAAGGGAGACGGCAAGACUGACGAUACGGCAGCCAUCCUCGCCGCCGUCAAGAAGGCCAGUUCCUCCAACAAGGUCCUCUUCUUUGACUACGGCAUGUACGUUGUCACGUCGACCAUCUACAUCCCCGCCGGCAUGCGCAUCACAGGCGAGGCUCUCCCGGUCAUCAUCUCGCAGGGUGACUUCUUCAACUCGAUGUCCUCGCCCAAGCCCGUUGUGCAGGUCGGCAAGCCGGGAGAGACUGGCGCGGCGGUCGAGUGGUCCGACAUGGUGGUCUCGACGCGCGGACAGCAGAUGGGCGCCAUCCUCAUCGAGUGGAACCUCGCAUCCACCACGCCGUCGGGCAUGUGGGACGUCCACACGCGCAUCGGCGGCUUUGCCGGCUCCAACCUCUCGGCGGCAGACUGCCCCAAGACGCCGGGCACCAAGAUCGACGCCGGCAACCUGGACAAGAAGUGCAUUGCCGCCUUCAUGUCGAUGCACAUCACGGCCUCGGCCUCGAACCUCGUCAACGAGAACUGCUGGCUCUGGGUGGCGGACCACGACGCCGAGCGCGACGCCGGCCUGGUGCAGAUCACGGUCUACGCCGGCCGCGGCUUGCUGGUCGAGAGCAAGCAGGGCAAGAUCUGGCUGUGGGGCACGGGCGUCGAGCACCACCAGCUGUACGAGUACCAGUUCGUCUCGACGCAGAACAUCUUUGCCGGCCAGAUGCAGACCGAGACGGCCUACUACCAGCCCAACCCGGACGCGACCCUGCCCUUCCCCGUCGACCUCAAGUUCUCGGACCCGACGCUCGACAAGGGCCAGAGCGGCUGGGGCCUGCGCGCCGUCGACAGCAAGGACAUCCUGGUGUACGGCGCGGGGCUCUACAGCUUCUUUGACAACUACAACCUGACGUGCUCGCUGGAGGGUCAGGGCCAGCGCUGCCAGUCUAGGAUCAUGUCGGUCGAGAGGAGCGCCCGCGUCAACGUGUACAACCUCAACACGGUCGGCGUCGGGUCGCAGAUCACGGUGGAUGGGUUGGACGUAUCGCGCUGGCAGGACAACAAGAACGGCUUUGUGAACACGGUGGCUGUCUUUAAUUCCUGA